AUGGAAUACCUACAUCCAUCUUCUCUACCAGCUAAUAAAAGUGAGCUCGAUAUAUUUAAUGUACCACCAACUCAAGUUGCUAUUGAUUCAGUAUAUGAAACUGAUUAUCGUCCUGCGGCAAGUUUAGAAUCUUCACGAACAUAUGAAUUGAUAAUUCCAGCAUCGGAAGAUUUUACAGAUCUUAGUGCAACAAUGUUACAUAUGAAUAUCAAUAUAUUAAAAGGAGAUAGUAAGGUUGUUAAUACAACCAAUUUGGUGAAGCUAGUUUCUAAUUUUGGAAAUGCAUUAUUUGAACAGAUUGAUUUAUUUUUAGGUUCAACUAAUACUUCACUUGCUAAUAACAUGUAUCAUUAUCAAGCUUACAUCGAAGACUUAUUGUAUAGAUAUCCAACUAAUAUCGAUGAAUCAUUUAUCAAAAAUGCAACUAUUGUUAGCGAGGACAAGACAUAUGAAUUAUACUACAGAUUACAUCUUCCCCUCUGUUUGCAAGAUAAACUUUUAAUAAAUGGAAUACCCUUAGUGUUUAGAUUUACAAGAAGUCAAUCUACAUUUCCACUUAUUAGAAUGAAAGACGGAGAUAAAGAAAAUUACUCAAUUCACAUUUCAAAUUUUACAUUACAUUUAACACGUGUUAAGCUAUUUCCUGAUGCACAUGCAACAAUUAUACAUACUCUUGAAACUCAUCCAGCAAAGUAUUUCAUAACUAGAGCGGAUACAAAAAGUUUUACUAUUCCUUCUGGUGUUUCAACAAUGACAAUAGAAAAUUUAUUUGUUGGACAAUUACCAAAACGAAUUAUAAUAGGUUGUGUUAAAGAGGAAGCUCUUAACGGUGAUAUCAACCACAAUCCAUUCAAUUUUGAAAAUUUUAACAUCAAUCAUAUUUGUCUGAAUAUUGAUGGUGUAAUUUACCCAAGUAUUCCUUACAAACCAGAUUUCAAUAAAGGGAAUUGUAUGAGAGAGUAUUUAAGUCUAUACAAAGCUCUUAAUCAAGAUGAAGGAAUCCCUCAAAUAGAAUUGACUUAUGAACAAUAUAAGAAUGGAAAUGUUCUAUUUGCAUUCGAUAUCGGUGGACCUCUUGGUGCAGAAAGUGGUGUUUUAUCACUUAUAAAACGAGGAAAAAUUAGACUGGAAAUUAGGUUUGAUAAAAGCAUAACAUCUUCUAUAAAAGCUAUCGUUUUCGGUCAAUUUGACAACCUUAUUACUAUCGAUAAAGAUCGACAAGUGACGAUUGACUAUUAA